AGGAUUUGGGGAGUCAGUGGGGGAGGGGAUGGGGGGGUGCAGGGGAGGCGCGCGCCGGGGCUGGUCCCGCGGGCGCUCGCGUCUGCUGCGGCUCCGCGCUCGUCCGGGACAGAACAGGUUCCUUCCAGUUUGGGUGUGAGCAGCGAGCGUGUGGGAGCCCGAGUUCCUCCUCCUGAGACCACUUCCCCCCUAUUUCGUCAACUCGCGAACCCCGCCAGUUCCCCUUCCGGGCGUGGGGAGAGAGUGCCGCAUGGGCCCCAGGGAGUACGAGGCCCUCCUGCUAUGGGUGCAUAGCCUUUCCCCGGCUCCAGCCACGAGCAUCGCGUAGUGCGGAAGGGAUGGACCAGCCUGGCUGAGUCAGCAUCCUUUCCCCGCGGUUCGCGUGCAUCCGCACAGGGCGACAUCCGUACAGGAAACCUUACCGAAACCUCAACCAUCUGGAACUCAGAAACUCAUUCAGGGCUGACUGCAGUUUCUAGAACAUCCAGGUGUUCUGCAGAUGUGAGAACUGAUCCCACAGUCACCAGAUGGAGUCCCAAGUAGAUGUAAAACUUGUGCUGUGGUCCUAAUAUUCCCGAGUGCAGAGGAUCACUUGCUGAGUGACCAACAGGUGGUCAUUGCACUGAUGUCCGAUUUUUGCACCCAGCCAAUCAUCUUGUUAAACUGCAGUGAGAGACAUCAUCAGAGGACCAAGCCACGUUAGGAGUGGUGAGUUUCCCGAGUCUCUUAGGAUUCCAGAUGGGGACCUCAUUGCUGUAGCCCCUCUGUAGCCACCCAUCAUCACUGCUGUCACCGGCAUACUCUUGCAAACUGUAGCACGCUCCCUGGUGACUUUCUGCGCUGAAGGUGAAUAGAGAGGAAACUCUUGGUAGGACGUCUGGUGACGGCUGACUGUCUUCCCUAUACCAUCAUGGGCUGGCUUUUUCUGAAGGUUUUAGUGGUCGGAGUGACUUUCUCUGGAUUUUUCUACCCUCUUGUGGACUUUUCUAUCAGUGAGAAAACAAGAAUACGGAAACCAAAUAUCGUGAUCAUUUUGGCUGAUGACAUGGGAUGGGGUGACCUGGGAGCAAACUGGGCAGAAACAAAGGACACCCUCAAUCUUGAUAAGAUGGCUUCUGAAGGAAUGAGGUUUGUGGACUUCCACACAGCUGCCUCCACCUGCUCUCCCUCCAGAGCCUCGCUGCUCACUGGCCGACUGGGUCUCCGCAAUGGAGUCACACACAACUUUGCAGUCACCUCUGUCGGGGGUCUUCCACUCAACGAGACCACGCUGGCAGAGUUGCUACAGCAGGCUGGCUAUACCACGGCGAUGAUAGGCAAAUGGCAUCUUGGGCACCAUGGCUCUUAUCACCCCAAUUUCCGUGGUUUUGAUUACUACUUUGGAAUCCCAUAUAGCCACGAUAUGGGCUGCACGGACACCCCAGGCUAUAACCUCCCUCCUUGUCCAGCGUGUCCACAGGGCAAUGGCCCGUCAAGGAGUCCCGAGAGGGACUGUUACACAGAUGUGGCUCUUCCUCUCUACGAAAAUCUCAACAUUGUGGAGCAGCCUGUGAAUCUGAGUGGCCUUGCACAGAAGUACGCAGAAAAGGCAGUGGAGUUCAUCGAGCAGGCAAGCACAAGCGGAAGACCCUUUCUUCUCUAUGUGGGCCUGGCCCACAUGCACGUGCCUUUAUCUGCAACUCCACCAUUGGCAAAUCCACAGAGCCAAACGCCAUACCAGGCAGGUCUCCAGGAGAUGGACUGUCUGGUAGGGAAGAUCAAGGACAAAGUUGACCACACAGCAAAAGAAAACACACUCCUCUGGUUUAUAGGAGACAACGGCCCAUGGGCUCAGAAGUGUGAGCUGGCAGGCAGCGUGGGUCCCUUUACUGGAUCAUGGCAAACCCAUCAAGGAGGAAGUCCAGCCAAGCAGACCACCUGGGAAGGUGGGCACCGGGUCCCAGCACUGGCCUAUUGGCCCAGCAGAAUCCCAGCCAAUGCCACCAGCAGUGCCUUGUUAAGUGUGCUAGACAUUUUCCCCACGGUGGUAGCCCUCGCAGGAGCCAGCCUACCCCCAUUCCGGCACUUUGAUGGACUGGAUGCCUCCGAGGUACUCUUGGGCAGGUCGAGGAUGGGGCACAGGGUGCUGUUUCACCCCAACAGCGGGGCCGCUGGAGAGUAUGGAGCCCUGCAGACUGUCCGCCUGGAGCACCACAAGGCCUUCUACAUCACUGGUGGAGCCAAAGCUUGUGAUGGGAGUGUGGGGCCUGAGCAGCACCACACGCUUCCUCUUAUUUUCAACCUAGAAGAAGAUAUUGCUGAAGGUACACCUCUCCCUAGAGGAAGCUUGGAAUACCAGGCCGUGUUGCGGAAGGUCAGGAGGGUUCUUGCAGAUGUCCUUCAAGACAUUGCCAGUGACAACACCUCCCGAGCAGACUAUACUCAGGAUCCUUCAGUGACUCCCUGCUGUAACCCCUACCAAAUUGCCUGCCGCUGCCAAUAGGCGUGACAAGCCAGUUUUCCCAUGAGGAGGGCUCUCUGGAAAUUAGACUGGUAGGUUCACUUCCAAUCGGUUUGGAUGUCAACAUAAGCUUUAAAAGGAAGUCUCAGGGCCAGGUGUGUUGACGCACACCUUUAAUCCCAGCACUUGGGAGGCAGAGGCAGGUAGAUCCCUGUGAGUUCAAGGCCAGCCUGGUCUACAUAGUGAGUUCCAUGACAGCUGGGGCUACAGGGAGACCCUGUCUCAGAAAGACCAAAAAAAAAAAAAGGAAGUCUCAGAAGUUAGCCUGGGAACCACCCCAGCGCCAUCCUGUGCCUCUCCCCUGUGCAUGUUCUUCUCCACGACGGCCUGAGAGUUCACAGUGUGAUCAAACACUAGGUUCUGAGCCUGGGCAGUGUAAUCUCACUUUCAAGUUGAUUUUGAAGGUUAAAUAAAGUAACACAUGACAAUGCCAUGGGUAUCACCUGACAUGGAGCAGAUAGUUAAUAUGUUUCAGUUUCCUUCUCAGAUCCACCCCCGACCCCUACACACACACACACACACACACACACACACACACACACACCGUUUCACUGGUCAUUUUAGCACAGGUUCCUUCCAGCCAGUAUAUAGAGUAGGGGUUUUCCAUGUUCAGUGUAUGUACAGGUCACUGUGAUCUGGCUCAGAGGAUGACAGGAGCCUGGCAGAUUCCUUCAAGAUACUUUGAGCAGCACAGAGCUAGACCAAGGUUAGGUCUUCCUAGGCCCUAGAGCAGAAGUCUAUGGUUGAGCCCUGGGCCCUUCCCAUUUCUUAAAGUCAAAUGCAUGUACUGUAAAGAUUUAGGAGUUCUUCCUGGCCCCUAGAACUCCCAAGGGGGAAAAAAACAAAACAAAACAAAACAAAAACCGUAAACAACUCACAAAUGUGUUGCCAUAAUUUUAUUUAAUUAGUGUCCUGAAUGGGACUCCAAAGGUAAUAAAUGAUUUAUUCUAAUCACUGCAAAAAUACUUUGCCUGGCUAAAAUAGUCUCUCUCUACAUGUUUGUAAUAUACAAGAAAUACAGUUCCAAGAGGUUUCCAGAUAAGAACAUUUUUACACACAUACAUCUGACAAGGACGCCCCUUUUAAUAUAAAAUCCCGGUUAUAUACCAAUAUGGUUAGUUAGCAUUUACACUGUGGUUUGAAGGCGAUGUCCUCACCCAUUGGCAGCCAAGGCUGAGGGGGCUGGUGAGAGGGUAACCCCAUCCUGUGGCUCAGGCGGCGAGGCGCCCUAAGGUGGGGUUCCUGCCUCCCUCUCUGCUCACAUUUGCAUUCCGGUCUUCCACCUUGUUUUCUCCAAAACCACCUGACAGGGGAUGUCCUGAUUUCUGAGGUGCGCUUCUGGUCAGGACUGCUUCGAUUUGCCCUUCUGACUUCCACGGCAUAAGAUUAUCUACCGAAAUCAAAACAGAACAGCCUUACUUCUUCUCUCAGGAAGAGGCUGGGGGAGGGGUAGGCUGUAUUACCCAUGGGUCUGUGCCAUGUGGGUAAGCAGGGGAGGCUGGGUGCUACAGGAAUUUUACAUAUGACCACAGGCUGACCCUACUCACGGCCACAUAAAGCCCACCCACCUUAUGUAGAUGCAGGCGAUUACGACACAGGCUCCAACAAUACUGACCAUAUAAACUGUGUGCAUACAUGUGUAUGUUCAUGUUUAAAAGGGCUCAUUUUACCUGUGAACAUGGAAUGCUAAAUGGCUGCAAAAAAGUCAGCAUAUGUCCUUGGUCCGGUUUGCUGUACUCCUGCUUGCAAUGUUAAGAUUAGUGUCAGAGAAUACACAGACUUCUAUGCUAGCUUG